AUGGGCUGUGUCGUUCUCGGGCUGGAGGAAGCAGAUGCAACUACACUAAUUGUGAAGGUAACUUGCAUAUCUGUUUCUGUGUCUACAUUGCAGGCCGAGUUGAGUGAACUCAUUGGGUUCAAGCAUUACAUGGAGAUGAUGAUGGUCCUCACCACAGCAGAGUCAGUGGGUCCUUCGUCUGAUGAAAAUGUCAAUGUGUUGGACACUACCUUCAACCAGGUCCCAGUUCGUGUCUAUGAGCCAAAAAUCCUUCUCCCAGGACUCAGGCGAGCGGUCAUUUACAUUCAUGGGGGCGGAUGGUGCUUAGGAAGUGCAAAAAUGAAACCGUAUGACAUCCUGUCAAGAAAAAGCGCUACUGAAUUGAAUGCAGUCAUCAUUUCCGUUGAAUACCGUUUAGCACCGGAGCAUCGUUUCCCUGAUCAGUUCAAUGAUGUUUACACUGUGGUGAAGUACUUCCUACAGCAAGAUGUCUUGGUACAGUACUCGGUGGAUCCAGCUAGAGUAGCAGUGUCAGGAGACAGUGCUGGUGGGAACUUGGCUGCUGCAGUAGCCCAGCAGAUCCGAGAGGACCGAGAUGUUCAAGGUGAGAUCAAAGUUCAGGCAUUAAUCUACCCUGCGCUUCAGACCAUCGACUUUAACACCCCUUCCUACCAGCAAAAUGGGAACAUGCCAAUUCUGCCCAAGACCUUAAUGGUCAGGUUUUGGAGUGAAUAUUUUGGCUGUGACAAGUCACUGCUGAAGAUGAUGAUGGCCAACAGCCACGGCACCCACGAAUCGAAGGGCUUGAGCAACUUUGCAAACUGGAGUGCCCACUUGCCGGAAGAGUUCAGAAAGGAUUACAAAUACGUCCCGCUGGGCGGAGAGAGUCCGGAGCCAUCCGGGAAUGUGCCCGGAGUCUUUGACCCAAGGGCUGCUCCUUUGCUGGUGGGGGACGAGAAACUCCAGGCUCUGCCGCACACCUACAUUGUAACGUGUGAGUAUGACGUGCUGAGGGAUGAUGGUGCCAUGUACGCCAGGAGAUUGAAAGCAGCGGGAGUCCGGGUCACACACGAGCAUUAUGAGGACUCCUUUCAUGGCGCCAUUAUGUUCAUCACGUGGCCAACCGAUUUUGCAAUUGGCCAGAAAAUGAUAAGCCAUUACAUUGAGUGGCUGCAAAGGAAUUUGUAAAUAAACUUGCCCCUCUCCAAUUUGACUCACUCUUGGUGCCCUGCAACAGCACCGCCACCACCACCAACCCCCCCACCCCCCGCCGUACUACUUCUGUACCUGCCAAUUCUUGGCAAAUAUUUCUCUCAAUGUUUUUGCUUCCCACACUCCCAUCUGUAUUUAGUGUUUGACUCGACUGACGUGCACUUGAUCAGGGCUCAUUACGACUUUGAAUUGCAGACUUAAAGGAAUGUAGGUGGUUGUCAUAACUUGUAUCCGGGCAAGGAGACCUCACCCAUGGGUGUGCCCAAUUGGCCCAUCCAACACCAUGACAAAAAUAAAAGGUGGGGCCCUUCAGCCCCUCAAGCCUGUUCUGCCACUCGAUUGUACCUUGCUGAUCUGCACGUUAACUGCAUCUACCUCCCGCCUAAUGUGGUUCAUCCUUUUAAUGUGAAGGUUUCCUUGCCCAUCAUCUGGGCCAUCUAGCUGAGAUUCAACGGGUACUGAGGUGAUGUCUGAGGCUGUCAUGCACUCAAAAGAUACUUCUGCAAACAGGACAUGGAACCACAGAUGAUUUGAGUUUCGGAUGAGCUGCUGGUUUGAGAUCCUCUCCUCGUGUUUUCUGGCUGUGAUUUGGACUUGUUUGUGAAGAAGACUGUGUGUGAUAUUUGUAGAUUCUGUGUGAGAUUCUCCCAAGAUUUGAUGUCCAUAUUGAGUCAAAUUCCCCAGUGAAGUGUUCAGAAUGUCCUUGUAAUGUUUCCCCAUGAGAACGUAGCCCAGAAUCCUGCUCUCCCGUGUUAAUUUUUGCUUCACUAAGUGUGUAUCUAUCCACAAGACCAGUCUUGGACUGGACUUAGCAUUUUCUUUAAUAUUCAUGAACGGAUCGGAGUGUCACAGGCUAGGCCAGCAUUUAUUGCUCAUCAAUAAUUGCCCAGAGGGCACUUAAGAGUCAACACAUUGCUGUGAGUCUGGAACCACCUCCAGACCAGGUAAAGACAGCAAUUUCUUCCCUAGAGGACGUUGAUUUUUCACAAUUUUGUUUUUGAAAUGCUCUGUUCACCCCUAGCCUGAUAGGCUUUUUGUGUGACAGUUAAAGAUUUCAAUGACCCUUUGUGUGAAGAGGUGCAUCCUGCCCAAUGGCCUUGAAUUGUAAGGUUUUGCCCAACUUCUUCUCGACUUUCCCACUAGUGGAAGUAGUUUCUGUUAAAUCCUAUAAUUACCUUUUAAUGAAUUAGAUCUUCUAAACACAAGGGUCAGAAUCCUAAUCUAUGCGCCUCAGCCUCAUAAUUUAACGCUUGAAGUGCCUAGUGGUAUUCUGCUGUAUUUACUGCAAAGCCAAUAAACAUAUUUAAGGAAGCAGGGCUCGGAAUUGGAGAUCUACUUGCAUACCAAUAAACCUACAAUGUGAACUUGUUUUGAAAAUUUUACUGUCCUUUGUUAUGAAUAUUCCUGGGUGUUUACCCCCUAAAACCAUAAGGUCUGAUCCCCAAAACCAGUCAAAUCAGAAAUCGGUCUCUUUGCUUGCCUAUCCUCAAACCAACAAUUAGCGCUCCAUUCUGUUGGAUAUUGUCUGUCCUAGCAUUUUCAGUGUGCUCUGGUUGUACAUGUAAAAUAAUGAGACAAUAAUGGAGUGCCAUAUUAACCCUGUGUUCUGUUUACACACUGACUGCAUAACGUAUAAUAAAAUGUCAUAACUUGCUCUUUGUAUUAAA